CUUAGCAAGACCUCAAAAAAGAGAAGAAAAGAAAAAGAUCAAAAGGAAACACAACAAGAUUCAAUUUUUUUGAGACCCAACACCCUCCAAUUCCACUUUUCUUCUUCAUUUUCCAUUUCUGGACCAAAAAUCUUCGAAAAAUAUUCAAAACCCAUCUCUAAAAUCUUCCAAUCUUCAAUACCCAGAUCAUAGAUUUUUUAAAAUUUGGAUAUUUUCUUCUAUAUUUCUCUCUAACCACCAUUUUCCUCUGUUUUUUUUCUUCUUUGUGAUCAUCAUUAUGAUAGGUGUCUUUUCCACGUGAUUUGGCAUUUGAGGCUGUGUCCUCUUAAUUGUAUAGAGUCUUGAAUUCAAAAUUUCAGUAUAAUUAAUUGUUUGUUCUUAAAAACUCCUCUUUGAUUACUACCUACUUUAAUCCUUUUCUUGAAGUUAUUGCUUCUAUAUCCUUAUUUUCUCUGUUUGAAUAUUUUCCAAGUUAGGUGCUUUCAAAUUCAACUUUGGAUUUCAAGUCCCCUGUUUUUACUUGACUCAUAGUAUCAGAUACUGAUAUUUGAUUGAUGGGGAUUCAGAAAGACAGGGUGAAAUUCAAUGUUGGUGGUAGAAUUUUCGAAACUACAGCUACAACUUUGGCAAAUGCUGGCCGGAAUUCGCUCUUUGGAGCCAUGUUUGAUGAUGAUUGGAACCUAAAUUCUGAUGCCACAAACACUGAACACUUCAUUGAUAGGAACCCUGAUUGUUUCUCAGUCCUUCUUGACCUACUCAGAACAGGAGAGCUUUAUAUACCACAAAAUCUUCCUGAAAAGUUGUUAUACAGAGAGGCUAUGUAUUAUGGUCUUUUAGACCAUGUCAGGUCAGCUAAGUGGGGUCCAUUUGAUGGAAACAGACUCGGGCUGGCCAGGUCAGUAACUGGCCAGGCUCCGGGUGAUGGCACAGCCAUCCGGGCUGGCCCGGAUGGCGGGUGCUGUGUGGCUCAUGGUAGUAUGGUUCAUGUCUAUGAUUGGAUGUUAGAAGAGCACCCUGCAAUUAAUCUUGAUUACCAAAGGGUGAAUGAUGCCGGUUGGAUUGAUUCUGAGAACAUAGUGUUAAGUGCUUGUGAAAGAUUAGGUAAAGGGGAUGGAGGCAUGGGUUUGUUUAGUGCAUCUACUGGGGAGCUAAGGUACAAAUUUCAUGUCAAACAUGAAAACCAAGUGAAAAGUUAUACAGCUGGUGCAUUGAGUUUUAGCUCAGAUUAUAAGUUGUUCUCUAGUUGUAAAGGUAGAAGCAAUGAGUAUGGUAUUGGUGUAUGGGACCAAGUUACUGGAAAACAGAUAGAUUUUUUCUAUGAGCCACCUGGUUGGUCUCUUGGUGAUGCUGACAAGUUACAAUGGUUACAUGGUACUAACUGUUUGUUGGUUGCUACUUUGUUUCCAAGGAAGGAUAAUUGUUACAUUAGUUUGUUGGAUUUUAGGGACAAGAGUAUGGUUUGGUCAUGGUCUGAUGUAGGUGCGCCUAUAACGGAUGAGAGAAGAGUUAGGGAUGCGAUAGCAAUGGAGGAAACAAGCUCCAUUUGUGUGGUGAAUGAGUAUGAAGAUUUGGGGUUUAUGGAUUUGAGGAGGAGUGCUGGAAGUGUAAGGUGGAGCUCAAGAAGUAGGUUGAUGAAGGGGAAAAUGCCGGAUGAGCCGUGUUAUCCUAAACUGGCAUUGCACGAGGGGCAAUUGUUAUCGUCGAUGAACGAUUGCAUUUCUGUGUUCUGUGGCCCUGAUUAUGUUCUUACAUCAAGGCUUCGACGUAGCUAUGGUGGUUCAAUUUGUGAUUUCUCAAUUGGGGGUGAUCGUCUUUUCGCUCUUCAUAGUGAAGAAAAUGUAUUUGAUAUAUGGGAGACUCCUCCUCCACCAAUUGUAUAACAAUAGCAACAAACCCAGUGAAAUCCCACAUGUGGGGUCUGUCGAGGGUAGUGUGUACGCAAAUCUUAAUCCAACCUUGAGAAAGUAGAGAAGUUAUUUCCGACAGACCUCCACCAAUUUUAUGAUAUUUAUGUUUUGUUAUCUAUAGAUGAGUGGUUUUUGUUCUCUUUUAUUCUUCAGAUUGUUAAGAGUGAUGAAUCAAGAAACUACAACAGAUGCUUUUAGGAUAGAGAAACUAAGUAGAAAUCAGUGUGUAAUACUAUUUAGAUUUGUGAGUUUGUGUAUACAUUUGAAACUGACAUACAUAUUAAGGAAACUGAUUGCUUAACAAUCAAUAUUUCAACUUUACCUUUG